AUGAUUUCUACUAUUGCUCUUCUCUCACUCUCGGUCGCCGUUGUUCUCGGACACCCACCCAUUCAUGCCAACAUCCAAGAAGAAAUCGCCAACUUGGUCAAUGAGCUCGACUCGAAGCUCACUUCCAAGCCGAUGCUCAAAAUCACCAAGGCGUUGGACGACAUGAGUGUCAGUGCCGGAGAGCAAGUCACCCUUCAAUGUGAAGUCCUCUCCACUCCAUCCGCUGUGAUCUACUGGGAACGCAAUGGUGUUCGUGUCCAGGGAGACAAGGAGAUCAAUGUCAAGGAAAAGAUGUUGAACAUGGGAAAUCCAGUCGUGGAGUCUGGAAUCGUCUCAUCCAUCCUCUCCAUUCCAUGUGCACAGGGUCAGGAUUCCGGUGAAUACCGUUGUGUCGCUUUCAACGGUCACUCGACUGGUAAAAGCACCGCCAAGAUUGUUGUCGAAGGAACCUCCACAUGCAAGUCGCUCCGUCGUUCCGCCCCGGUCAUUUCUCUUUGGACUGACUCCCGUUUCGAGAUGGAGGGAAAUUCUGCCACCCUUGUCUGCCGUUCAAGCGAGUUCGCCUCUCAUUCAUGGUUCUUCGAAGGCAAGGAAAUCACUGCUGACACCGAGGACUACUUCAUCCAAGGAAAUGGAGAUCUUCUGAUCAAAAAUAUUGCAUGGGAGGAUAUGGGCACCUACACUUGUGUUGCCGCCAACCAGUAUGGAGAGGAUAAAGUUGAGACGUUCCUCUACCCAACUAAAAGAAAGGGUAAUUAA